GAGCAAAAACCAAAACAUUCGACUGUUGAUAGUAAAUAUCUCAGAAUCGUGUGCUAGUAAGUAGCGGCGUUUAGAGAAAUCUCUUGUUUAAGUCGUCUUUUCAUUAUGUGAUUAAUUUUCUGCGGGAGUCAUGGCUUCCAAAAUGUCAGACGAUUUUGAAAACGAGUGGACUUUUGUCGAUAAGGAUGGAAAAGUUGACAUCGAGCCAAGGAAGAACUCUGUAUCCUAUUCCAAGUCACCUUCAAAUGCUGAUGGGUUAGUUUCCACAUUUGAGUCACCCAGUGCUACAGAUGACAGUGAAGGAGAGGCAGAGUUUGAGGUCCUCAGUGGAUUUCAGUGUCAUCAACCACCAGUCGAAGAGAAGAACCUGGACUCUGAUCUUACAACAAAAACCAAAACCCAGAAUGAUUUACAUCUUGGUCAAGAAUCUGAGAGAGGAGAUGAGCUUUCAACAGUUCAACAAAGCUCUUGCCAGUGUGCUGCAGAUGAUGGUAUUAUGAUCAUUUCAAAUCACUACUGUGUCGACCAGGAUGUUUCUUCUGUGGAAGGCAAUGAUGAUCAGUUGCCCUCUGAAUUGGACAUUGAUCAUGCAGGAAGUGUACAUUCCCUCACUAAAUCAACAGACAGUAAUUCCUGUGUUUGGCAAGAACUUCCUCUACUCUCAGAGAGUGGUUCUUUCUCCUUUGGUAAUGAUUCAAACAGUUCUGACGAAGAUAAUGCCAUUGAGACAAUCCCUGAACAAGAUGAAAACGAAGACUAUGAAGACCUAAGUCAUGAAAAUGAACCACAUGAUGAAAUGGUUGUGUCUACAAGCAGCAUUUUCUCAUUUGAUAGUGAUUUAUUUAAUCCUAGUGAUUUGGAUGAAGACAAUGAGGUUGAAAAUGGCAGUUCUGAUUUAACAAAAGUGUCUGAAGUCAUUGAUGAGGACAAAGGAAGAGAUGAGGAUGAUGAACCAAUGGAAGAUCAUACUGCGACAGAAGGAAGUGACAAUUUCAAUAUCUUCCAUGUUGAUAUUCCAACCUUGUUCGUAGUUCUGGGUGUAACAACUGCUCUGGGAUUCAGUAUUGGCUAUGGAUUGAGUGUUUUUAUCAGCAACCGAGCCUUGGAGAUGUCUGGGAGCAUCAAGAGACCUGGGCCCAAGACAGCCUCUCUUCCACUAAACUCCGAUCCCAUGGAGCCCUUGGAUGAAGUAUCAGUUGAUUUCCUAGAUCAGCUGGAAAUGUGGAAAUUAGAAGAACGCCUUGAAACUCAUGAAGAGUCAGAAAAUGAAAAGGAAAUAGAUGAUCUAUUUGACACGAAAGCACUGCACGAAAAGCUCCAACUGAAACAUUUCAAGCUCAUGAGCAUGCACGAAAGUGUAAAACAGCGUUUGCGCAUGAGCAAAGUCAUGUCAUGGUACUGGCGGCUGAAGUAUGAGGAGGAGAAGUCUAAUAAAGGAAGCAGUGAGUGGAGUAAAGCUUUACAAGAACAGCUCGAACAAACGGAGAGGCUCUACGAAAAGGAAAAACAAAUUGCUGAUCUGUGGCGCCGUAUGAACGAGAACUCGAAGCUGAGAAAGGCUGUGGCUGGAGGCAUCAAGAUAGAUAGGUACUGGAAGGAUUAUUUUCAUCGUUGGAAAAGGAAUGGGUUCAGAACCGUUAGCGUAAAUACAAGUCAAAAGUUGUCAAUUGAGACAGAAACGCCGGGACACGAAGACUCUGUAGGCACCAUUGGUUCCAAAGGACUAGAUAUUAAGUCUCAAGGUAGAACCAAAGAGCAUACGUGGGACAACGUCUGGACGGACUUUAGAAAACGUUGGACAGUAGAUUCGCAUUUGAAGGGAGAAACGGAUGCUAGUUGUCAGUCAAAGACUGGAAAGUGCACUUAUCCCAGUGAAAGGAAGGAGUUAAGUGUUCUCCCUGAGGACCGCUCUAUAAUGUCAUACUCUGCUUCUGUUAUUGAGAAAUUCUUGGAUAGAACAGCCAAAAAAUCCGUGCGAGAUCCGAUAACAACCGAUAAAAAUUUUGAAUAUAAGAAAACUGAGAAGUCGCAGUCUUUAGACGGAGAAAGUAAAGGCCGCAAUAGCCCCUCUGAAGAAAUAUGCCAAGAUUUCCGUAAAAUAAGUGUUCCUUUUGAAAAUCCUCUAUUUCCUAACGGAAUUUUCCCUCUUGGCCACGGAACUCCGGAGUAUUAUUCAAACAUAGAUUUAGAAAGAAAUGCGAACACCUUAUCCCCUACAGUAACAACGCAGCAAAGAGACCUCCAAGUUAUUUCGUACGUAGACAGUACAAGUGAUGGAAAUUGGAUUCACGACGACGAAUCCUAUGCUAAGGAAGCGCCUAGCAUACCAACCAAAGAAGAUACUAAGAUAUCAAGAAAAUCGGAAGGAAAUGUUGCGGGUUUUCAUCUUUUAAAGUCAUACGAAGCAUCUGUUAUGAAAAAAAGCGAAGAGGCCUCUAAUGUCAAGAGAAAACGUCACAGUCGAAGUGGAUACUUGAAGAAGAGAGGAAAGGGAAACCGAACUUCUGUUCAAUCAGAUGGACACUUCCUCAGCAAAGAGAAGCAGCAGCUGAAAAAUUUGACGCAGUUACGUGGGCAAGAGAUUCGCAAACAGAGGAUUCUCCGGCGCGAGUUAAAAAAGAAAGAAAAGAAGGCUAAGUUGCGCGCUGAGGAGGCUGACCGCUUGGUGUCAGAGAUGCGGCGUGAAAGGCGCCGUUUGGAGAAAGAGAAGAAAAACCUGCGGCGCUCUUGGAAGGCACUUAAACGAGAGAAGAAGAGGAUUUCUUCCGAAAAAGAACGUCAUCAAAGGAACAGAACAGAGAUGAACAAUUUUUUUGUGGCACUGAAAAGAGAAAAGCAGAAAUUGAAGAGAAAGAAAGUGGAACUUAGGGAGAAAGUAAAAGAACUGUUGACCAAAGAGAGGAACAAAUUGAAGCUUAAAGAGAAAACUUUAAGUGCAGAGAAGAAGAAGGAAGUGGAGCGCCUUAGGAACAAAAUUGUUCAAGAGAAGAACAAGCUGCGGCAACAGAAGGAAGAACUGAAGUCCUUGAAGAAAGCGGCAAAAGAAGAGUAUAAAAAAUGGUUAAACGAGCUCCGUAACAUAAAAAGACAGGAGAAGGAGAAACAAAACGAAAAGGCGAGGAAGAAACGAGAAAAAGCUGAUAGGCAGCAUAAAAAAGAAUAUGAUUCUGUUGUCAAUGAGCAACCCAAGUUCGACAAAGAAAAGCGGAGGAAAAAGGAAGAAAACACUCGGCGUACAGUGGAGAGUAAAAAACUAAAAGAUAAAGAUGAACUAAGAAAUGAAUCCGUAGACAAAACUAAUGGGCAAGAUUUAAGAAAGACCGUGGAAAAUGAUGGAAGGGUACCCAAAGAAGUUGAGAUUGAGGCUAAGGAGGAAGAAAACUUACGGAGCAAAGAGCUGCCCCGUAAGAGGAAAAAUUUAGAAAGCAAGGAAAAGAUUUGGAAGGUCAAAGAGGAGGGAAGGAAACGAACGGGAAAACGGGCCAACGAAAAACUGAGGAUCAAAGUGGAAAAGGAUGAGAAGAAAAGGAAGCGAAAAAAAGAAUAUGACUCUGUUAUCGCUGAGCAAGUUGAAUAUGAUAAAGAAAAACGGAGGGCAAAGGGAGAAGGUGCAAAGAGUAAGUUUUCCAAAGGAGAAUGGAAGAUGCGGUCUGAUAACGUGAAAAAAGAAGCGUCACGUCCAAAAAAUACCAAGGAAAAAAGAAAAAGAAGCGAUGGCGAGGGGUCCUUUAAAAAGCAGUUGGAGGGUAUUCAGAAGUGGUUGUCCGAUGUUCAUAACAGUGCCAUUGAACACCAACAAGGACAGGGUCAUUGGCCGUGGACUGAUGGCGAAGUGUCUUUUAGGAAAAAGUUAGAAGAUGUUGGAAAGUGGUUAAGUGAUGUUCCCAAGAAAGCUCUUGAACAGCCAGGAAAAACGAUCAAUUGGCCGUGGAGUUUGAUAAAGCCAUAUUUUGAUGCUGGAAGCAAUGAGGGAAAGACUUCUGGAACACACCACGACGCAGGAGAUAGUAAAGAAAAAGAACUUAACAUGCGUGAUUUGAACUCGGCAAAGGCCAAGAGAACUAAAGACAGAGAGAAAUCGACCGAAAGAUGCGAUUGGGAAAAUGGAAGAGUCCAGGCAAAAGAAAUAUUUUCGAAGACUGAGAAGAAGGGAAAUAAAAAAGAACGCAAGAUGCCAGAAGAAGUUAAGAAGUCAGAAAUAGCAGUGGUACCUGAGCAUAAAGCGCUUGCUGGUUUUACAAACUUUACGUUCGACAUGGAUCUUAUGUUGAGAAUGUUGCUUAAGGGAGAUGUUAAACCAAAACGCGCGGAAAAAACUUCGGAUGAUUCGGACAAAACCACAGAGACGGCCUUCGUCAUAGUUUCUGAAGAAUCGACUUACGAUGUUGGAAAGAAGAAGUCACGACAAGGUCCGAAGAGUUCCGUUAAGAAACCGAAGCGAACCGAUGAAAAGCCGAAACGGCCACGUGAUAAUAGGUGGUGGAAGGAUAGGAAUAGGAAUACUGUGAAGCGUGAUGUUAAGUUACCGCAAGGUCCGAUUUCUGGCGAAGAUGGCCAAGUAAGGUCUGAUUAUUCGUACGAAGAGGCGAAUCAUAGGAAAGUUUCCCUAGAUACAUCUUCACCCGAAGGCCCAAUUCCACCAAAAGAUAUUGGGUUGUCAGUUGAAGAGUGGUUGGAAAAGAGAUUUAAUCUGCCAAAAAAUUCUCAGAAGAAGUUAUCCCCUCAAGGACCGAUUUUGUCCGACGAAGUGUAUCGCACUCAGUCAAGCAAAGGGAAGAAAAGAAAGAAUAGGCGAAAUACCGACAUGCAAGAAGACAAAGUAAGCAAUUCCGUUGAUUCCGAGACAGUUGAGUCCGUUCCACCUCCUAAUUGGUUAUUUGAGCGCGCCAAAGGUCGCACCCAUCAGCGGUCUGAGCCGUGGUAUGAGCGCCGAGCAGAAGAUCGAGAUUUCCAACGAAGCACCGACAAAUACGAGUCCUGGUUUCCUUGUGAUACGAAGCGCAAGCCUUACAAAGGUCCAUUAGAUCCGUCGUGGUUUUUCGAUCGAGCGCACGAUCGUGCCUUUCAGAGGUUGAACAAUGUACCUUGGUAUACCCGGCGUGCAGAAGGACGUGAAACUGAGCGUCAGAAGGGCGAAGAUUCGUGGUUCAUAGAGCGCGGAUAUUACAGGAAGGACUCGCGUGAUAUAAGUUCCUGGUACGGCGAUCAGAAUUGGAUGCCACAGGGACCUUCCAUGGAGGAACAUCGCUAACAAAAUGAGGUCAUUCAUCUUUUCCUUAGAAUUUUUUUCAAACAUGUUGACAAUAUAAACAAUAUACGUUCUCAGUAAGGUUAUCACAAAUGCUUGUAACAUUAUUUGGCUAAAUUUUUUGCGACAGAGCAUUCCUUCCCCUCCCCGAGAAUUUUCUGGUGUUUUAUGGAAUGGCUUGCCUUUGGAAGAUUUACAAUCAUUUUUCGGUUAAAACUAAAAUAGUGAGAAAGUGCUCAGCUCUAUUUAAAGACCUGAACCUCAAUUGACUCCUGGUAACUCGAAUCUCCCGCUAACCUGAACCAAAAUUUAAUUUGCCUGAAUUAGAUGUACAGAUUAAUCGCAACUUAUUACAUUGAAAAACUCAAAACAAGUAGAGAUCAAAAUUCCUGUCAACUCGGAAAGAUUUUACCCUUCAGGUCCUUUACAAUUUUACUCGCAAUAACUCCAAAUUCUGUCAAAGUGCGGUACAAAAUUUUGUGAGAUCUGUUGCUUGGUUUGGUGAAGAAAAUCUUCCUCUAUAAUGAAUAUAAAAUACCACCAUUUUGUUUUUUACUUGAAUUGAACUUGUAAGGUUAAGUAAUUUUUGGUCCAAAAUUUUCCCAUUUGUUGUUGUUUUUUUUCAUACUCCGUAUUUCUGAUCUGAUUCGAGUUAUUGGGAGUCACCUAUAGUAUAUAAAUGUACUUUAUUAAAACACUAAUAGUUGUGUUUGGAAUCAUUAGGGCACCAUUAAUGCGAAAAACGCAGGGUGAGGCGCGUAGGUUAUCUUUGAAUGUUGCAGAAAAGUUUAUAAUUAUAGUUAAUGAGUUGUAUUAUAGUCAGCAGGGUUACAAAACCAGCUUUUUUCUUUUGAUAUUAGUUAUUUCUAAGCAAGAUAUUUAUCUAGAGACUUUCAUUGUUACAACUUAGAGCUUUCAGAUCCGAUCGAUGUUAAGUCACGAUCUUUGAGAACAGUCAUUUAAGUGUGGUUAUUUCACAAAAAAAUCUUGUUCAGUUGUGUUGUUCUUGCUGAAGAAUUUGUCGCACUGUUUGUCUUUGGUGGUUAUGACAACGGCGCUUUAGCAGCGUGGCGUGUAUUUUAGAAGCGUGACUUAUGUGUGACAGGUAGCGUGUCAGUUACUGGGCCUAAAUGAGGAAACAGAGAAUAUUUUGACACCAGAAAAUAAGUGGGAAAUAGUAGCCAGAAUACUUUUACAUCAGAAAAUAAGUGGUUAAUGGUAUCCAGCGGCUCAGUUAGUCUUUUUUUUCUUUCACAAUUUAACGGUUUGCGUUUGUAACGUGGGGCACAUAUAUCCGGUUAAGUAGAUUGUAAAAAUACCAUAAGAUGCUAUGCUAUUCUUUAUAAUCUUCAACAAAUUUGCCACCAAUGAUGUAAAAGAACUGAGAACACCCUUACUCACUAUAGAAAACUUGGAUUUUCGUCAAGUAGCUCUAAAAAUUACAGGUCACCUUGCGGCAUCUUUGUUUUUUUCUGUCGGUGUUGUCAUCUCCGAUCUUUCUUCUCGUCGUAAAACUUCCUCACAUUAACCCCUGACGGGUUCUUUUCGACCCUUUCAAUGUCCUGUCAGUUACACUAUUGUUUGCAAAUGGUACGUGGUUUAUUAGGGCCUCAAUUUGAGUCAGUCUUAACGGGUUCUGUUUUGUAUUUAUUUCAAUUUAAACUGGGGGAUAUUUGACCAAUAUCACCGUAAGUGCUUUCUUUGGGCUGAUAUAUAUUUAAUAUUAUUAUCAAACACAAGAGUGGAAGAGAAUUCAAGAAUUCUGAUACACAAUAAAGAUUUUAUUAAAAGGUGUAUCUAAUCUAA